GGGAAAUAUGGAGCACGACGCAAAACAUGUUGGGGGUGACUAUGUCGCUUCCAGUACGCUUGAGGAGAAACGCCUGGAUUUGGACCCUGCUCUUUCUAUCGGAGAAGGUCAGGUUGACAACGAAGGAGCCAGCCAUGGCAACCUUCAUCGCACGUUAAGUCCACGGAUGAUCCACGUGAUUUCCCUCGGCUCCAGCAUCGGAAGCGGUCUCUUCAUCGCGACGGGCAAAGCCCUGGCAGAGGGCGGUCCCGGCAACAUGUUCCUGGGCUACCUCGUGGUCUGCCUCGGGGUCUGGGCAAAUCUGCAGACGUUGACGGAGAUGACGAUCGCAUUCCCGACCUCGGGGAAUUAUAUUGACUAUGCGGAUCGGUGGGUGGACCCGGCGUUGGCAUUUGGGGCCGGGUUCGCGGAGUGGCUGGGAUGGACGUCGGUGUUUGCAUCCGAGGGGACGUUUUUGGUUAUCCUGGUGAACUUCUGGGCGGGAGGUGUGGUGCCGGAGGCUGCUUUGCUCACCAUCUUCCUGGUAAUCUGUUUUGUGGUAUUCCUCAUGCCCACCAGCUUUUUCGGAUGGCUUGAAUACAUCGGCUCCUUGGUCAAAGCCUUCCUCUUUGUCUUCAUCACGAUCAUCUCGCUGGCCAUCAUCGGCGGCGCGGGUCCGACAGGAUACGUACGAGACGGUAGCACCUGGACCGAGCUGCCUGCCUUCAAGAACAGCUUCGGAGGCUUCUCUAAUGCCGCAUUGCUCGCCAUUUGGGCGGUUGGCGAUCAAGUCUUCAUCGGGGUCAUGGCCGGCGAGGCCGAGUCCCCACGCUACUCCAUGGCGCACGCGUCCAACCUCAUCCCCUGGCGCGUCGCCGUGUUCUAUCUGCUGUCUGUCGUGCUGGUCUCCCUGAUCGUGCCAUCCACCGACUCCCGGCUGCUGGGCGGCUCGAGCGUUGCCUCGUCCCCAUUUGUCAUCGCCGUCCAGGAUGCCGGCAUCCCGGGGGUCCCGGAUCUAAUCAAUGCGUGCAUGAUCAUCGGCAUUCUGGCGAUCGCGCUGGAGUGUAUCUUCCUGCCGUCGCGAAUCCUCCGCACCAUGUCUCUCCAGGGACUGUUGCCCGCUUUUGUGGCGCAGGUGGAUAAGAAGGGUCGACCGAGGUGGGCGCUGGCCAUCACCGCGGUCGCGGGGGUGGCUCUGACGUACAUGAGUCUGAGCGCCGGGGGCACGGAGGUGCUCAACUGGCUGAUCGCAAUCACCAGCGCGUCUUUCUUCAUCAACUGGGCGAUCAUCGCCGUCACCUCAUUUCGCUUCCGGGCGGCGAUGCGAGCACAGCAGAGCCCACUGUUCGAGACUCCUUAUGCGUGGCAGUCGCUCCUGUGGCCUCUCGCCCCCGUGACCAGUCUUGUGGUUUCGAGCGUUCUACUAGUCUGUCUUCUUUACACGAGUGUCAAGCCAGUGGUGAGCAGCUUUACAGCGUACAGCUUCUUCUCAGCUACGAUCGGACUGAUUCUCAUCGUGGUAUCUACCAUCGCCUACAAGAUCCUCCGACGGACGCCCUGGAGGGACCCCGCGACGGCGGAUCUGGUCACCGGCCGUCGGGAGCUAAGUACAGAGGAGUUGCGGAUGUUGGAUGCUUACUACGGACGACCGCUGUGGCGGAGAAUGGGGACUUAUCUGCGAGUUUGGUGA